UGUGACAGACAUGUUCAGACACGUUCAAUAAAAGUUGUAUUAGCGUUGCUUUACGCUAUUAACCGUAGGAUAGCAUCUGAAAGUAAUGCUAAAAAGAUUUAAUUAGUUAUUUAGGCUAACGUUAGCCGCAUGGUGUUGCCUAACGUUGCUUAUAACUACAACGGCAGUUAACGUGUCUCUGGCUAUGUUCUAACGGCUAACUUAGUCAAAGCUAACGUUGGUGGAAUUAGACGAGCCUUAAUAGCUUUUUAUCUGUGUUAGUGCUGCAGUCGUCUGGGAUUACCUUGUGUGAGGAAUGGAUGCUACUCAGAUGAUCUGUGACUCCAUCUUGGAGUCAGAUGAGGACGAAAAUGAAGAGGAGAAUGAAAACGAAAGAGGGCGACCAUUGGCUAAACUGUGCAUCUUAAAAAAUCAACACAUCCCUGAGACAGAGUUGCCACUCUUUUUGGGAGAUAAUGUGCUUGGCCGUGACCCCAACACCUGCACCCUGCCCCUGCCAGCAUCCUCAAUAUCCAAGCAGCACGCCACCAUCUGCAUCUCUGUCUACAAGAGAAGAGGCAGUCAUAGUGAAGUGGACAUAGAGGCUUUGGUCUGGGACCUAGGGAGCAUGAAUGGGACCCGCAAGGGCCGCUUAAAGCUGACUCCUAAUGUCCGCUAUGCCCUCAGUGAGCGUGACAGUUUGGUGGUGGCAGACAUCCCUUGUCAGUAUGUUAGCUGUGCUGUAGAUGCAGUUUCUGCUCAAGGGGACAUGAGGACUCCUGUGAGCAAAAAUUCAGGGGUAAAUGCCAGGUUGCCAGAUGCCUCUGGAGAGAAGGUAGGUGACACAAGCACAGGUGGCAAGAAAUCUGUCAACGGAGGUACAAAGGCUAGGGUGUUACUACCUGAUCAGGGGGACACAAAGAAGACUCCUGUGAGGUCCAGUUGCCUGUCCUUUGAGCAAACUCCAACCCAGCCACAGGGGAGCCUGGUCCCAGAAUCUGACUCAGACUCAGAUGGAGAAAGAGGAGACAGACUGCGCAAGGCUCUUGUGUCUGAUUCCGACUCCCAUAAAUCAGGUCCCGACUGCUCAACAUUCCUAAGUCCUAGAAACACAGUUGUACCUGAAAGUGAGGAUGAAAGUCCCAUAACACCGUCCUCCUCCACUAAAAAUAGACCUCACAGACAUGUCAGCUUCAGCAAGGAGGAGACGGACGAAGAUGUGGGGCGACAGCAGCUGAAGAAAAAAGAGGCAGUUGCGAUUGUGAACGACAGUGAAGUGGAGGAAGGGAUGGAGGAAGAAAGAGCAGCACUGGGAGGGAUAAAGUCUGGGGGAAGUGGACAACAUGCGUCAGCAAAGCAGGAAAGUAAUGUCAGUCUUACAGGAGAAGAUAAAUUGCCUGUAUCCACACUAGCAGAUGCAAUCCCUGCAUUUAACAUGGACAGUGACACUGAUGUGGAGGGAGAGGAGGAAGGGGUGGCAUCUGCAGGUCCUGUGGCCUUGAAUACAAACCAACAAGCUGAUCAACCGCCUAACACAGCCCAGUUUCACAUGAACAGUGAUACAGAUGUCGAUGAGGAUGAUGAUGAUGCCUUAGACAAAGUACACAAAUCUGUGCCUUCCUCUGCUGACCACACCAAACCCCCUCAUGUUAUUUCUAUUAUUCAGCCAGAGGGCAUCACUAUGGACAGUGACACUGAUGUAGAUGAUGAUGAUGCUGCUGCUGUGUCAGAUGCUACUACAGAAGCAAAACCCACAUCACUUCAGAGCCCACACAAAGCUGACUCUGCUCCUUCAACUCGCAAAGAUUUCCACCUGGAUAGUGACACAGAUGUUGAUGAGGAAGAAGAAGAAAAGGAACAUGGAACAAACAAUACAUGCUCUAAAAUAGAUGAAACUCCCACUAGAUUAGAUAUCAAGCCAGUUGAGCCUGUUUCCAUCCCUGCUGUGUCUAGCGGUCUGCAUCUAGACAGUGACACAGAUGAUGAAGCUAUUCCCGCCCCUGCCAGCAGUGAACCUUCGGUGGCGUCUGCUGUCACAGAAUCACGCCAAACUGCGGGCGCAGGAGCAGAUUUGGAUAUUCUGUCUGACAGCGACACAGAUGUGGAAGACAACUCUCCUUUGGUCAUACCUCUUGCUGUCUCAACCUUGUCAGAUGGUCUUCACUCCGGUUCUGAUGCAGACACGGAUGUUGAUGAAUCUAGCGUGCCCCUUGCUGGAGAUGGGGUCAAUCCAUCCAAACCUAAAGCUGACAGCGGCACAGAUGUGGAAGAUAAGGAGGUGGAUUUUGGAGAGACGGUUGAGGGCCAGAUUCCUAACCUGUGCAGAGAAAAUACUCCGGGGUUGCUGGCUCCCCUCCUGCAGAACUGCUCUACUCCUGUACAGGCGUCAGAGGGAGACGUGGAAGAUAUGCAGACUCAGGCUUUCGUGAGUCCUUCCUCUGGACCAUUUAAAUUACCCCCUGCUCUAAGACCUACAGCAUUGUCUUCCUGUUCAGACAGCCAGGAGGGUGAGGACUUUGUUGUGGCUGAGACGCAGUCCUUCAUUCUUCAGACCAGAGACCACCAGGGCAACCCCCCAGAGGACCACACCAUGGACCCCACCCAAGAAUUUUGCCUUGAGUCAUCUGGUGAUGAAAGAGGCGAACAGUCCAGCAGAGGACUGUCUUUCCAGCUGGGGCUUUCAGACAGCAGCCACCUGCAGGGUCGGGCCCCAACUUUAGCCACAGAGAGCACCCAAGCGUUUGUCCCUGCGGAGGAGGGUGUGAAUAUGGAAGAAACCCAAGCAUAUGCAGCCAUCUCAAACGCAGACAGGACCUCCUUAGAGAAUGAGGCUACACAGGCUUAUGGAGAUGAUGAAGAACCUGCCAGAAGUUCAGUUAUGUCUGCAAAUUUGGCCUUAGAAGCAACACAGCCAUAUAUUUCAGAGCCCCGCAGUGAUUCAGAGGAUGAAACCGAUGAAAAUGAGAGAAAUAGCACUGCCACUGUUGAGACUCAGCAGUUUCCCACCUCAUCUACUCUUGCCAUGGCUCAAACCCAACCAAUGUCUGCCUUUGAGGAGGAGGAGGUGGAUUUGGAGGAAGAAAAUCCAAUUUCCUCUGUAUUACAAGUUGAGCCCAGACGACAGAAUGAAAAAGAAGAGAGGGAUGAACAUGAGAAAGCAGCUCAACCUCAAAAGACCCACCUACCUGUAGCUGCAACUCAGCCCAUGCCUGUAAGUGACGAUGAGGAAAGUGAUGAUGAGGACUCCAUUCCAGGUCCACGAAGAAGAAAAGCAAAGCCCCUGCAGCUUGAAGAAGAGCAGUCUCAAACGCUCCCAAACUCUGAGUUAUCACUUGUUGAAACUCAGCCCAUGCACGAUGGUGUAGCCCAAACUCAGCCCAUGGCUUUAAGUGGAAAUGAGGAAAGUGAUGAUGAGGACUCGAUUCCAGGUCCCCGAAAAAGAAAAGCAAAGCAACUGCGGAUCGAAGAUGAGCAGACACAAACACUGACAAACUCUGAGCUCUCUGUUGUUGCAACUCAGCCAAUGGAAAUGGCUGAAGAUGGAGAAAGUGAUGAAGAAGACCUGAUUCCAGGUCCACGAAGAAGGAGAGCAAAACCAUUGCAACUUGAAGAGACACAGCCCCUCACUAGUUCUGAAGUCACUGCUGCUGAAGCCCAGCCCGCGGUCAUAGGUGAAGACAGAGAAAGUGAUGAUGAGGACUCAAUUCCAGGUCCACGAAAAAGAAAAGCAAAGGUACUGCAAAUUCAAGAAGAGGAGACACAGCCGCUCACAAAUCCUGAGGCCUCCACUGUUGAAACUCAGCCCUUGGAAACAAAAACUGGCAGGCAGCCUCAGAGACGAAAAGGGAGUCAAUCUGAAGCUGGAACCAGUGGCACUACUGUCAGUGGUAAAAGAGGGACAAGGGCAACAUUAAGAGAAGAGGAGGAGCAGGCGGAGUGUUCUGAACCUCCUAAGAGACAGACAAGAGGGAAGAACAAAGCUCUGCCAACUACCAGAGGAAGGAGGGGAAAAUCAAGGCCUGAUGAGGAGCGGAGUGAGGAGGAGGAGGAGGUAGAGCCGCCUAAACGAACCAAAGGGAAAAUAUCCAUGAGGCAACAGAAAGUUAACAAGGAAGAGGAAGAGCGGCCUGAAACAGCAAGAAACAAGCGUGCUGCAAAUAACGACCUAAUAAAGGAACAAGAUGAAGGGAGGGAACGAGACAAAUUAGAAAGGGAAAGAAAAGAGAAGGAAGAUCAAGAAAGAUUGCAGGCUGAAAAUGCUGAAAGGUCAAGACUUGAGUGGGAGAGAGCAGAAAAAGCAAGAUUAGAGAGGGAAAGAAAGGAGGAAGAAGAAAAGAAAAGAGCUGAGAGGGUGCAAAAGGAAAAAGCAGCACAGUUGGAGAGGGAAAGAAAGGAGAAGGAAGAAAAAGAGAGAUUAGAGCAUGAGAAGGCAGAAAGAGAAGAGAAGGAAAGAUUGGAGAGGGAAGAGAAGGAGAGAAUAGAAAUGCAAAGAAAGGAGAAGGAGGAAAAGGAGAGACUGGAGAGGGAAGAGAAAGAGAGAAUAGAAAUGCAAAGAAAGGAGAAGGAGGAAAAGGAGAGACUGGAGAGGGAAGAGAAAGAGAGAAUAGAAAAGGAAACAAAGAAACAGGAGGAAAAAGAGAGAUUAAAAUGUGAAAAGGCAGAAAGAGAGGAGAAGAAGAGACUGGAGAAGGAAGAGAAGAGAAUAGAAAAGGAGAGAAAGGAGAAGGAGGAAAAAGAGAGAUUAGAGUGUGAAAAGGCAGAAAGAGAAGAGAAGGAAAGAUUGGAGAGAGAACAGAAGGAGAGAUUUGAAAAGGAAAGAAAGGAACAGGAGGAAAAAGAAAGAUUGGAGACAGCAAAACAAGAAAAAGAGGCCAAAGAAAAACAAAUAAUAGAGCAACAAAAGAACAAAGAAGAAGAAAAAAAGGCCAAAACACCCGCAAGAAGUGGAAGAGCAACUAGAAGAACAAUUGCUGCCCCGAGUACAACAGAACCAGAACAAGACUCAACAAUGUCAGCCAAUGAUGAUGGCCCAGCAAGGAGGACCAGAUCUCGCUCCAACUCUUCCAACUCUGUCAGCUCAGAGAGAUCUACUUCAAGUGUGAGCACGCAGGGGAACAAGGGGCGAGGCCGAGGCAGAGGCAGAGGAGGAAAGACGACCAGUGAGCCACCCCAGACGGCCAUCGCUAGAAGCAGCAAUAGAAGGAGGACAGUGGCUGCAGAGUCAACAGAACAGGACAGUAAAGAUAUUCCUCCACAGGGAGUCCUUUCAAGGUCCAGCUCCAUCAACUCCCUCAACUCUGAGAUAUCCAGCUGCAGCACGAGCUCUCAGAGAGGAGGAAGAGGAGGCAGGCAGCGAGGAAGAGGGAGGAAAACUGAGCCAGAGCCUGUCUCCAUCCCUCCUAGUCACAGUGACCAGAAUUUGGCCUCCAAACCUACAGUCAGAGGCAGGAAGAGCAGGAAAGCAGAGGAACCCUCUAAUGAGGUUCCCCAUGAUGAUGACAAAGAGAAGGCAGACUCUCAGCAGCCUAGUACCACAAGAGGGCGACGGCGAGCCAAUGCAAAUGAUGCAGAACCUGCUGCAGAUAAGAAAGACCCUACUCAGGAUCAGGAGUGUGCAAGUGAAGAGUCAACUCUCCCAAAGGAGAGUGACAGGGGCAGAGGCCAAGAAGUUGUAAAGAGUGAGACUGUGGAGGCACCAGUUGCUCCUGCUGCCAGUGAUAGAAAUGAAGCUAAAGAGAAAAGAAAAGGAAGAAAAAGAGAGUUGGAAGAAGAGCCUAGCAGUACCUCCAACAUUUCCAAGGGGAAGGAGAAAGCUGAAACAACAGAGGCAGCAAAAGAUGACAUUCCAGUCCAGGCUAAGAGAAAAGGUAGAGCAUCCACGGCUCAGGCUAAGACGAACACACAAGAUUCCCCCACUGAAGUGAAGGUGAAAGAAGACAGCGAGAAAAUGGAGGAGGAGACUGUUGAGAAAAGAGGCAGAGGUCGGACGUCAGUUGUCCAGAAAAAAAAGAAAGAGGAGCAGGAAGAAAGUGGAGCAUCUGUCGACCAGGAUCCACAUGUGGAGGCCUCAGAGCCCAAGACUCCGACCAGCAGUGCAUCCCGGAAGCGACAGGCUCCUGCGAACACCUCACCUGUGGCAAAGACCCCUCGUUCCUCCUCUGCUUCCCCAGCAGCAGGUGGUCGAUUACGAGUUGCCAGCCAGGCUUACAAGGUGCUGUUCACAGGAGUUGUGGAUGAAGACGGGGAGAGAGUCUUGGCUCGUUUGAGAGGCAGCAUAGCUAAAGGUGUGGCUGACAUGAACUGUCUGGUGACUGAUAAGGUGCGCAGGACUGUCAAGUUCCUGUGUGCGGUGGCUAAAGGAGUCCCCAUUGUCACCACACAAUGGCUGGAUAAGAGUGGCAAGGCGGGGAGCUUCCUGCCUCCUAAAGCUUUUCUUGUGAAGGAUCCAGAGCAGGAGAAGAAAUUUAAUUUCUGCCUGCAUGAGUCUCUGGGGACUGCUGGCCGUCAGCCUCUCUUACAGGGGUAUGAGAUCCACGUAACAAAGUCAGUGAAACCAGAGCCAGCUCAAAUGAAAGACAUAAUCUCCUGCAGUGGAGCCACCUUUCUACCUAAGAUGCCCUCUUCUCACAAGCCUCAGACUGUAGUGAUUUCCUGCGAGGAGGACUGGUCACUGUGUGGCCCAGCUCUCUCUGCAUCUCUCCCAGUCGUCACAGCUGAGUUCAUUCUCACAGGGAUCCUUCAGCAGAAAGUUGACCUUCAGACCCACACACUUUCUGCUCCUACAAAUGCUCAACAGCCCGCAGGAGGCAAGGGACGGAGCAGGAAGAAGACUUAACAUCACCAGGGUACACUGUAAAAAUCCACCAUCUACAGUGUGUGUAGGAAAUCUGCCACGGUGGGGUUUUGUCAUCACUCACAGAUUCCCUUUUAAAUCAGAGACCAGUAGAAACACUAGUGAGUCAGCUGUUCGUCUGUAUUAAAGGCCCUGUUUAUUCCUGGUAUUGACAUGCAUCUUUGGUGAUCCAGUCACAAGUGGAUAGUGCUAAAUACAAGUGUAAACACCCACCAAGAGGGAUUGUGACCGGACCACUGCAACCACUUGCUGAGGCAGUCUGGGACGCAUUUGACCACAUACCUGCUGUAGUGAAAAGGCUAAUGUGUCUUGAUUACAUUCAGGUGGUUGUUUUGGUAACAGUAUGUUAACGCUCUAUAACCUGACCCUUUUACAAAAAGUUGGACAAAGUGUUGUGUGUCCAUCGUUUGUUCUGUGGAAGGAGACAUGUUGAAAUCUCCUGACAGUGAUAUCUCCAGCUGUACCAACACAACCGCUAACACGAGCAUGCUAACAAGCAGCCAGCAAGAGUGCUGACGUAAUGCCCUUCGACCUCCAGCAUUAAUGACUUAAGCGGCAACGAGAUCUGAACACAAGUGGGCAGGUGGAGAUGCAUAUUUGGUGACAUAGUUGUGAAUGCUGAUGUGUCUUGGCUGUCCACUUGUGUUUGUAUCACUGAAACACACGUUAAUAUCAGGUGUAAACAGACUCAAAGACUAGAGGAAUGUAUUUGCCAUGUGCAGCAAAACUUGAUUGUUCACUUGCACGGUUUUUAUCACAUUGUGUGGAUGUAGCAUGGGUGCAGCUUUAAAACGUUGUAAAACGUUUGCGAUGGAAGAAACAAAAUUUAGGAAACUUACUAAGGAGUAAGGUGUCUCAAAUUUUUACGGUUUAGAAAUCUACUCUCAUUAUGGUCUUUUCUUACGAUCUUACCUUUUGCCUUUUACAUGUGAAAAAAAUGUAGUUUUUAAAGUUGCAAAAGCUAAAACCAGUGUUGCUGCUAUAAUUACCCUUCAACCGUCCUUGUCACUUCCCCUCUCUCAUCCUCCCCUGUGCUUCACCUUUCUCUUUACGCAACAAUAACAAGCGGAGCAGGAAUUAACACUGCUAAAUUACUGCUGCUCUCUGUGCGUCCUAAGUGCUUCUGCUCAAUCAUCCAGUUUGGCAGGUACCCAGCCGAGAAGUGCGAGUCGUGUAAUCAUGUUUGGGUGGUGAAAUAGAAAUAGUGGAACUGAUGGGGGUUCUGUUUUGAAAUACACCAGCUACGGUGGCCAGUGGAUGAAAAAAAGCUCAUUUAAUUUUCUGAUAGGAAGUGCCGAGGUUAUCAUGAACCUACCAGCGUGUCUUGUCUCCAUUAACCACCAUCACCACCACCGCCACCUACUCCAUUAAGGCUUCGUCCAAUCCUAUUACCUCCAGGGAUGAGACACAAUAUGUAGGCACCUGAAUGCUGAUGCUGCUUCUACAUCAAUACCAAUUUACUGUGUUUGUGUGUACAUGUUAUGUUCAAAAAGACCAGUAUACAGAACUCGCCUUCCCUGACCCGCUGUAAACCUUUAAACUUACUGUAUUGUUUGGUGUUUUAAAGAUGAACUCAUUAGCUUGUAACUUAGUUUGAUUUUAGAACUGUCAUAUAGCUAAUAUCUCAACACCAACUUUGUAUUUGUAUGAAAUCAUGAAAUCUGUCCGUAUAACUGAUGAAAACAUUAAAUCUUUUCUAUUAUGUCUAACUAUAU